AGUAAAACCACCAUGAGUCGAUCUUUCCCUCGAAUCAAAGCUGUCCGAGCGUAUAUAUCGGAAGCUAAAUCCGGAGACCAGGGAGCAGACUGUCAUGAUGUUGAUGACAAACACUGGAUCAAUGGCUAUCCCUUACCAGUGGCGAACCCAAUGUCAGUUUAUCCACAAUACGCACCAUUUAGAAAGUCUUGGGGCAUCAACGCCCUUGGAACGAUGGUUGUCGAAGUAGAGGCCGAUAACGGCGAGUGCGGGGUCGGAAUCACCAUCGGAGGAGAACCAGGAUGUUACAUUGUGGAGAAGCACCUAAGUCGAUUUGUUGAAGGUCAGGAUCCGAGAAAUGUGGAGUUGAUGUGGGACCAGAUGUUCCGUGCCACUCUGAAUUACGGCAGGAAAGGACUACCAAUUCAGGCUAUCAGUGCUGUGGACCUGGCUCUGUGGGAUUUACUCGGUAAACUCCGAGGGGAACCUGUGUAUGCCUUGCUUGGAGGGAAAGUGAAGGAACGACUUCCGGUUUACUGUACGACUGCUCGUCCCGACAUCGCUAAGGAGUUGGGAUUUGUCGCAUCGAAAAUCCCUUGUCCUUAUGGUCCAACUGCGGGAGAGGAAGGCUUCAAGAAAAAUGUGGAGUUUUUCAAAGGAUGGCGCGAAAAGGUUGGUCCUGACUUUCCGCUAAUGCUUGAUUGUUAUAUGGCCUUGACCCCAACAUAUACUGUAAGAUUAGCGAAGGAACUGGAACCUCACGGGCUCAAGUGGAUCGAGGAGUUCCUUCCACCAGACGAUUAUCAGGGAUAUGAAGACGUUCGAAAAGCCAUGAUGGGAUCGAAAGUCCUACUCACUACUGGAGAACAUGAAUACAGUCGCCACGGAUACCAGCUACUUUUGAAUUCCCGUUGUGUGGACAUUUUACAGCCAGAUAUCAGUUGGCUUGGUGGGAUCACCGAGGCUCGUCGUGUAGUGGCUAUGGCGUCUGCCCACAACACCAUGGUCAUACCACACGGCUCUAGCAUCUACUCCUAUCAUCUUCAAAUCGCCUUCUGUAACUGCCCUAUAGCAGAAUUUAUUAAUCUAAGCCCCGGUGGCGACAAAAUCGUGCCGUAUUUUGGAGGGUUAUUUCCAGACGAGCCACUUCCGGCUAACGGUUUCAUUGACAUUCCAGACAAACCCGGAUUCGGUGUGACUUUGUGUAAGGAUACACUACGGAGGCCUUACCAAAGGAGUGAGGACGAAAGUCGUAAACAGGCAGAACUGAACAUUAACUUUAAACCUACCGAGAAAGCGUUUAUGCCUUUCUAG